AUGCAGUUCAAGCUCUCCGUCCUGGCUGCCUUCUUGGCAGCGUCCGCUUCGGCGUAUGCUGAGGGCAUUAGCGGUGCUGAAGUUACAAAACAUCUCGAGUCCCUCACGAAAGGUGCCAAAGACCUGAAUAGCCGCCUCCAGAGCAAUCAGGACCCUGACUCAAUUGGCCAGAUGAUUCUCAGCGGCGAAGAAAAGAUGUCCACUGACAAGGACGAUGUCAGCAAUGCUUUUGCAGACUUUGGUACCAGUUCUGUCGUUCCAGAAGACCAGAACGCCGUUUGCCAAUCCCUCCUUACCUACUUCAACGCUGAACAGGAGCUCCUCCUAACUAUCAUUGAGAAGAGGAGCAGUGUCCAGUUUCCCCUCGCCACUGCACCCAUUGUGACCGCACUGGCCGAUGACCAGAUAAAGACAGAUACUGUGUCGAUUGACGUUUUUAAAAUGGCUCCUACUUGCUCCCAAGACGUCAAACAGCAAUUUUGGGUGACAAAGUCUGCUUUCUCAGAGGCGUCCAUGAGAUACAUGCUUCCGUCCCUAGUGAUGAAAUGGUCAUCACAGGCAUACGGCCCAGACGGUCCAUGGCAAGCUGUGACGAUAGCAGUGGGCAGCAAUAAACAGUCAAUCGAUCUUUAUCCCGGAGCCAAUGGAGCCACGACCAUCUUCGUCGACUCGAUCUGCUCGAACACAACCCUCUCGACAACAUGUUAUGCAGCACGCGCCGGCACGUACAACCAGAGCGAAUCAACCACGGCCGUGGCCUUGAAUCGGAGCGCGUGGGAGACGUCUUAUUGGAACGUACAAGGAGGAAGUAUACAGGGGUUCGUUAGUGAUCAGGUCGAUGUUGGCGCUGUUGUCCCAAACGUUAGCCUGACGGCAGUCUAUCAAACAUACCAGACCUACCCCAAUGGCAAGGGUUAUCCGGUCCCAGUUGGAAACCUAGCAAUCGGUGGGCCGCAUUUAAAAGAUGUGGCCUCAGGGUUAAGUCUCAACAUGAUCGCAGCGGGGCUAUACACCUCUGAAGGAGACAGCCGCAUUCCAUCUUACUCGUACGGAAUGCACAUUGGGUCUGUCGAGCCAGCUAUUCCAGGAUCUCUGGUGUUAGGCGGAUAUGAUAAGAGCCGAGUUCUUGCAGGGGUGAGUUCACAGUCAGUAAGCCUGUCGUCUUAUUCUAGUGGCCUGUGGCAGAUUGUAUUGAAGGAUAUUGGAUUGGGCGUUGCCACAGGAGACUCGCCGUUCGACUUUACGAGCAAGAAUGAGCUUUUCAUGCAAAGCAACGGCGCCGUACUACCUAAACCAGUCACGAUUGACCCUACAAAGCCCUAUAUGUAUCUUCCUGAAGCCACCUGUGAUGCGAUCACUUCGUCGUUUCCUGUCUCGUUCGACAAUGGCUUGGGCCUGUACAUCUGGGACACGACCCACAGUAACUAUGCGAAUAUUACGUCCUCCGCGACAUAUCUUUCCUUCAUGUUCAGGAAAGAUGGUCUUAACGAUCAAACGAUUACAGUCAAGGUUCCCCUGAGGCUCCUUACGCUUACGCUACAAGACCCGCUGGUCGAUCGCAACGCAACAUAUUUUCCCUGUUUCCAUUCCACUGAUACACCGGUUCUCGGUCGCCCUUUUCUCCAGGCUGCAUUUGUUGGUGUGAAUUGGUUCGAAGGGAACAACACUGGUACAUGGUUCUUGGGCCAAGCUCCCGGUCCAGGUCUUCCUGAGGCGGAUAUAACAACUAUUAAUAUCGAGGACACCACUCUUGCCGCAUCAAACACCUCUUGGGAAGAGAGUUGGGCUAAAUAUUGGUCUCCUUUACCAGUAUCCGGCUCCAAUAACUCGAAUAAUUCGAAUAGCUCCACCAGCUCCACUGGUGGUCUUUCCACAGGGGCAAAAGCCGGGAUUGGAGUUGGAGUUGGAAUCGCAGGAGUUCUCCUCAUUGCUGGGGUGGUAUGGGUCGUGAUGAUGCGGCGACGUCGCGACCGUAAUCCCGUUGUUGUCGAGGAAAGGAGGGCCCAAUCUCGAGGAUUCGCUGAAUUACCUGUUUCGACGAAGCAAGCUGGGUAUGCAAGAGAAUUGGACACAAAAGACAAUGUGCAGCCGCAAGAACUGGUGGGCGCGCAGCAACCACGGCAUGAGCUAGAGUGA